UCCAAUCAUCACGUAAAAAAGUGACAAUUUGAUGUGACACUAUCCAAAGCUUGAAACUUUAUCAGUGGUGCAAACUUGCUCUACAAAAGGGUUGUUGUGUAUAUAAUCAUUUCCUCCAACCCUACACACUCAGAGAGUGUCAGUAGCAAUAGCAACCAUGGCUCCCAAAAGGGUUCUGUUGAUUUGUGGGGACUACAUGGAAGACUAUGAAGGCAUUUUCCCAUUUCACGCACUGCAAGCCUUUGGUGUCACCGUCGACGCCGUUUGUCCAGGAAAGAAAGCCGGCGAUGUCUGCCGCACCGCCGUGCAUAUUCUUUCCGGUGGCCAGACUUAUACUGAGACACGUGGUCACAAUUUUGAGCUCAAUGCAACUUUUGAUGAAAUUGAUGCCACAAGCUAUGAUGGGUUGUGGUUGCCUGGUGGAAGGGCACCUGAGUAUCUUGCUCAUAUUCCUGGUGUUGUAGAAGUGGUGACAAAGUUUGUCAGUUCUGGAAAAGCAAUUGCUUGCAUUUGUCAUGGACAAUUGAUUCUGGCAGCUGCUGGAGUAGUUAAAGGUCGGAAGUGCACGGCUUUUCCUCCUGUUAAACCGGUACUGGUUGAUGCUGGUGCUCAUUGGGUUGAACCUGAGACCAUGUCAGCAACUGUGGUGGAUGGUAAUCUCAUUACAGCACCUACUUAUGAAGCGCACCCGGAAUUUAUUCAGCAUUUUGUGAAGGCAUUAGGAGGCAAAAUAAGUGGCUCCAGUAAAAGAAUCCUCUUUAUUUGUGGGGAUUACAUGGAAGAUUAUGAGGUCAAGGUUCCUUUUCAGGCCCUUCAGGCUUUAGGAUGCCAUGUUGAUGCAGUUUGCCCCACAAAGAAGGCUGGUGACACUUGCCCAACUGCUGUUCAUGAUUUUGAAGGAGAUCAAACUUACAGUGAGAAGCCAGGACAUGAUUUUACUUUAACUGCGACCUAUGAUGAUGUGGAUGCUUCAGGCUAUGAUGCUCUUGUCAUACCUGGAGGUCGAUCACCUGAGUAUUUGUCAUUGAAUGAGUCAGUUAUUGCCUUGGUGAAGCAUUUCAUGGAAAGCAAGAAGCCAGUGGCAUCUAUCUGCCAUGGCCAACAGAUUUUGGCUGCUGCUGGUGUUCUCAAGGGAAGGAAGUGCACUGCUUAUCCGGCUGUGAAGCUUAACGUGGUUCUGUCAGGAGCAACGUGGCUGGAGCCUGACCCCAUAAGCCGUUGCUUCACUGAUGGAAAUCUGGUUACUGGAGCUGCAUGGCCAGGGCAUCCUGAGUUCAUUUCUCAGUUUAUGGCACUACUUGGUAUUCAUGUGUCUUUCUAGCAGCCCUUUGUAAUUUAAUGAAUAAAACUUGGCUUAUGCGUUUUGUAUCAAAUAUCCAAAAUAUGUGGAUGUGUAUUACAGUACUGUAUUUUAAGUACUUGUUGUGUACAGGGCAUGUAUAUGCACCCACUUUAUGAGCAAUUAAGGGACUCUUUGGUGGCUAA